AUGGGUCGAUGUCCACACCGAGACGGCACUUGCAUGGCCGAGUGGGAGCGGCAUAGCGGCCCUUUUUAUCUAGUAAUCGAAUCGAGCCAGACGGUGGAUGUCGCUCGACAAGCUCUCCAACUAGUCACGGCUUUAGAUUCGACGAGCUUGAACCGGCCGGCUUUGAAGGAUGAAUUGAUCUUCAGUGCUACAUUUCUGGAUUGA